GCUGCGGGUUGCCCUACCCGUCAGCCGUCCACUUUGUUUGAACGACUUAAUUUGGACUUCCUCGAAAACGUGGAGCUGUUUUCACCCGGACGAAGACAGACGCUGAAGGGAAAGGGGGGGGGAAACGUGAAACUGCCCCGUUCACCAGGAGACACUCGGCAGCGCCGAGAUUUGAUCCGUAACAAACAGUGACCGCGUGCUUCCGCAUAUCAGCGGGUCAGCUGAUUCAAAACGGCACGCGGAAACUGUAAAGUCAAUUGGAAAGCGCCAGAAGAUCUCCAAGGUAGCCGGACUGACGCUGCAUCCUCCCAACGGCGCCGUUUAAUGUUGACCGCGACGGCUUCCCUACGUGAGCAGGACCCGGGCUAUCAACUCAGAUAGCUUAUCUUAAAAAAAACAAAACAAAACAAAAAAAACAAAACAAACAAAACAAACCAAGAAACACUUGGCUGUCAACCUCAGGAGAAAGUUAUGGCACACAACGAGUCGUUGGUCGCUUUGAAUGGGACUCAAAUUUCCUACAUCGGACAUGACUGUAAGGACAUUCCAGACUUCCUUGGAGACACGUAUGGCCACAUUGCGAGAAGGCUUGAUCUGAGCUUCAAUCAGCUCAGGUCACUGGCAGGCCUCAAAAUGUUCACUGAACUGGAAGAGCUGGUCGUCGACAACAAUCUGCUCGGAAAUGACCUCGAGUUGCCCGGGCUACCCAAACUCCACACCCUGACACUCAAUAAGAACCAACUGACUGAUAUCGAGGCCCUGCUGGAACACUUGGCCGAUGUAACCCCGUCACUGGAGUACCUAAGCCUGCUGGGAAAUGAGGCUUGCCCCAACCAGCUGGUCAGCCUGGAUAAGGAUGAGGACGACUACCAGAGAUACAGGUACUUUGUUCUGCACAAGUUGCCCCAGCUGAAGUUCCUGGACACAAGGAAAGUAACAAAAAAAGAAGUAAUGGAGGCACAGGCAAGAGGAGCGUUCAUGAAAGUGGUCAAACCAAAGCCAGAAGCUCCACCUAAUGAGGCUGGAUCUGUGAGUCACCCACUGCCCUACACUCCUCUACCCCGAGGGUCCAGAGAUGCUAAGAACCACAAAGGGGUAUUCGCCAAGUGCCGCUACGUCUACUACGGCAAGCACUCAGAAGGCAACAGAUUCAUCCGAAACGACCAACUCUGAUGGACAGUUGGUCAGACAUAAAGAGGGACAUCAAAUGACAAUGGAUGCUAACAGAAGGAAAGAUGAUCAAACCCAUCUCUUAUUUAUUAAAAGUACUGGUGACAUUUGAGUCGCCGGAUCUCCCACUGGAAAAAGAUUUAAACUUUAUCAAAAGGUAUUGUGGGUAUGUAAGGUGAAUGUUUUUUGUUUUUUGUUUUUUUUUUCAAGAUCAUAUUUCAGCGCCAUAGUUACGGCCGCCUCUGCUGAGCUCGGUCUGCUUCUGCCUCCCUGCUUCUAGCUCGGAGUCAGAGUCAGAUAUGACACUCCCACUGACAUGAUUGCCUCUAAACAUCAGUAACCGCACACUACAGACACGCACACACACACACACACAAAAGGACAGUCUCUCUCUCUCCAUCUUGUUCUCUUACAUACAGGAAGUGACAAACAGACCCAGCCAAUUGCGUCCUUUUCUUUGACAGCUAUGAUGGAUCACCCGUCCACCACCACCACUAAUCAAGGGUGAAAGGGGUGACGGUCACACACCUGGAGCCUGACGUGGGCUCAUCUCUCUCUCUCUCUUUCUCUCGCUCUCCCUUUUACACACACACACACACACACAUAACUGCUGUUUAAAAUAUUAAGUCAUUGGAAAGAGUUUGACAGAACAAGGUUCAUACAGCCUAGUUAAACACUCCUCUAAGAUUUUCAGUCCAAACAUGAGGCAUGAUCAGUCUUGUUUAGCUUGUGACAGAGUGCAGAGUACUUUUCCUUCUUUCAUUUUAUUCAAUUUGUUUUAUCUUAGAAAAGCAACUUUUAAAAUCAAAAACAUUCCAAUAUCAGCUUUAAUGAAAAUUAGCAUUGUAACCAGGUGUGCAUACCAGGUAUAUCAUUAUGUAUUAUGAUGCCAUUUGCCUAUGUGUUUGUACCUGUCCCACUGUGUGUCUUCAACCAGUGAACUACUUCAAUCUGAGAAUUCCCCUCAUUAUUUACAUUGCAUUGUGUUGAAUUUUAAACUGACUAUAAUGCAUAAUCUUCAGAAAAUUGCAUUCAGUGUAAUAUUGACCAUACAAUUGCCCCAAAUGUGUUUAAAUGCACUGUCUUUUAAAUGUUUAGAUUUUUCAUAAUACUUUUAUAAUCAUCCUGGUUUUACGGUGAACUCGUAGUAUUUUUAUGGUGAUUUGUAAUACCUUAUCACAACAACCUAAGGUAAGGUGCUGCCAUUUUUUAAUAUCUUUUUCAUGGUUCUCCAGGCAACUUUCCAAUCUGAAAUCCUGAGCUGAACGAAUGAUAUAAUAUAGCUGAUCUGAUGUAAAAUCCUAUUAGCUGGAUGUCUUCAAGUGAUUAAAAGGGUUUAACUUAACAUGUGUCUCUAGUCAGAUUGAUGUAGCGCUUAAGGUAUUGUGGUGCUUUCACAUUAAUUCCUUCUGCCACCACAAUACACUGUUUCCUAAUCAAACGUCCAUCACAUUAAUAUUUUUAUCAUUUUAAGUGUAUAGAGCCAAACAAUAUUUUAAUAGCCCCGUGUUACUCAUCAUUACAACCAGGUUGAGAAAGAUUUCCCUGACAAGUCCUAUGUCAAGUCAUGAGGCACAAAGAUUACAUCAGCUACUUGUUUAGAGGUGGAGUAGCUGAAUAAACAACAGUGAUGAAAUCAAGAGGAUUUGGGAUUUGAAAUAAACCAUGAUGAGUUUCAGUGAAGUGCGUCAAUCAUCCACAAACAGAUGAAGGAAAGGUCAUAGAUAGCCUCGUGCAAUGUUUGUUCACUGUGUCUGUAUCUGUUUAUUUCUUAUUUCUAUUAUUUUAAACAUUUGUGCUAGUUUACAAGACUCUGUGAAUGUGAGAGUAUGCGUGCUUGCUUGCACGUUCUUAUCCACCACUUCCCACAGGACUGUGUCACCAUAUUCCAGCUGACAUGCCAUUCAGGAGCGUGGUCACUAGUGCCGGCGUUUCAAAAUGACAAGGUUUAUUUGUCUGUGUUUUGAUAUGCUCAGAGGAAACUGGGGCUGACAGCCGGAGGAGGCAGGAAGAGGGGAGCCACAACAAGUCCCC